AGCCCCCUCCGUCGCGCCCUGCUCCCGCCCCCGCGCGGCGCUGAGCUCUGUCGGCGCCUGGCGUACUUCGAGUCCCCGCCAGGCCUCCUGGCCGGCUUCCGCGGUCGCCAUGACGGCGGCCGUGUUCUUCGGCUGCGCCUUCAUUGCCUUCGGGCCUGCGCUGGCUCUCUACAUCUUCACCAUCGCCACUGAGCCGUUGCGCGUCAUCUUCCUCAUCAUCGGAGCUUUUUUCUGGUUGGUAUCUCUGCUGUUUUCGUCCCUUUUUUGGUUCAUGGCAAGAACCAUUACUGACAACAAAGAUGGACCAAUACAGAAAUAUCUGCUGAUCUUGGGAGUGUUAGUCUCCGUCCUUGUCCAAGAAAUGUUUCGAUUUGCAUAUUAUAAACUUUUGAAAAAAGCCAAUGAGGGUUUGAGGAGUAUAAACCCAGAUGAGACAGCACCCUCUAUGCGAUUGCUAGCCUAUGUUUCUGGCUUGGGUUUUGGAAUCAUGAGUGGAGUAUUUUCCUUUGUAAAUACCCUUUCUGACUCCUUGGGACCAGGCACAGUGGGCAUUCAUGGAGACUCUCCUCAGUUCUUCCUAAAUUCAGCUUUCAUGACGCUGGUUAUCAUAUUGUUGCACGUGUUCUGGGGCAUCAUAUUUUUUGAUGGCUGUGAGAAGAAAAAGUGGUCUGCCCUUCUUGUAGUUCUUCUGACCCAUCUGCUGGUGUCAGCCCUGACCUUCAUAAGUCCUCAUUAUGGAAUAAAUUUGGUGUCAACAUAUAUAAUUGUGGUACUCAUGGGCAUUUGGGCAUUCUUUGUUGCUGGCGGCAGCUGCCGAAGCCUGAAACUGUGCCUACUCUGCCAAGACAAGGACUUCCUCCUUUUCAAUCAGCGUUCCAGAUAACCUCUGACAACCAGCACCUGCCAAACACUUCGGGGUUGAAGUACGGUCCACAAACUGCAGUUAAUCAACCUGUGAUGGCCUGGAUCUCAAUUCGAUGGUGUGAUGCCUCAUCAGAGAACAACUGGCCCCACUCUUCCAAGGCUCCAGAUCUCAGAGUCAAGCUGGCUGUGUCCAUCCUGUGCCCUCACUUGGUCAUGGAAUCAAACAAACUGUUACCACCACCGUCUCCACCACCCUGGGGUAAGCCCUCAUCAUGUCCACCGUCAAGACUUCCUGCAGAGUUCCGUGCCUCAGCCUCUCCUGUUAGCUGCCAGGCUCCUUUCUCUCAUAACCGAGUUUAACCAGACUAACCAGAUGUUGCCCUGCCUCUGUGGCGCCGCCCCUCCACCCCACCCCCCUUCUCCAGAGCACGCCCACUCCACCCAACAGGACAGAGCAGAGCCAUAGCCAUCUUUCAAGGCCUGUCGAGGCCUUCAGUGGCCCUCAUACCCUCCCCCGCCAGCCCCCAUGGUCAGGCCGGCUUCCCCAUCCUCAGAACAAGCUAUGAACUAACUCAACCUUCCCAUAUGUUCUUAUGCUAAAAAAUGUGCUUAAAAUGCCACCUUCUUUCCUCUUUGCCUUUCUGAAUCCUGUUCACUCUUCCAAGUCCAGCUCAAGUCCUGCCAAAACUACUUCCAGGGCUUUCUCCCUGCCCCGGGACUCCUUGGCCAGCCUGCUGGGGGUUCACACGGUGGUACAGUGAUAUGAAUACUCACUUAAGUCUCAUGUGUGACUGCUGUCUCCAGACUAGCAUAUGAACCUGCUCCAGACUAGAACUCUGUCUACAAAUUUCACAGUCCUUUUGAAGACUAGAGCUUUUUGUCACGUCCUUCCCCCAUGUCUGAUAUAGCAACACUUACUAAACACUUAAUAAAUUGAUUUGGGGGAUUUCUUAAGCUCAUUUCAGAAAUCUAGCCAUAAAGGGUUGAGAAAAGACUCUGUGUGUGUGUGUGUGUGUGUGUGUACAUGGGCAUGCGCACAUGGUUAUAGGAAGAUGAGGAUAACAAGAAGGGUUUUGUUCUUAAUAGACAGACUUAAGCAUACUUCCAUACAGAAUGGAAAGGGGAGUAGAGAAGGAGAGUUGGAUCCAGGAGAAAGAGGAACCUAUGGAUGGAGUGUGGCUCGGAGAAGACAGCGGGUUGGGGAGGGUCCAGCCAGCAGAGCACAAAUUGAUUCCAGGCUGAAGGAGGCACUCAGUAAGUAUUCAGCAGAUGAAUCAGAGCAGGACACUGAAGGCUGCCUGGAAGUGAAACCCAUAGACUGAAAACCUAGGCAGAAAUCCAGGAGCUCAGCGGGCCCGCAAUGCUGAUCAGAGGGGAUUGGCUAUGGGAAGACAAACUUUCUCCACAUUCUGCAGUAUAUGCAACCAAAGUGUGCCAGUGAGCCUAAACAAGUCAGUGUGAUUUUUUUUAAUGAACUUAUAUUUUGAUAUUUUCUUAAUACAUCUUGUGUCUUGUUUUAAAACUUAAUUACAGAGAACUUCAAAGCAGGUGCAAAGGUACCAUAUAAUGUACCCAUCUGUCAAUCCAUGAUUAGUUUAGUUUUUGUCUGUCCCCCCAACACUGGAUUACUUUGAAGAAAAUCUGUGGAUGCUUAUCUAAAGAUAAGGAGUCUUGGGGCACCUGGGUGGCUUAGUCGGUUAAGCGUCCGACUUCGGCUCAGGUCAUGAUCUCACGGUCCGUGAGUUCGAGCCCCGCGUUGGGCUCUGUGCUGACCGCUCAUAGCCUGGAGCCUGUUUCAGAUUCUGUGUCUCCCUCUCUCUCUGCCCCUCCACUGUUCAUGCUCUGUCUCUCUCUGUCUCAAAAAUAAACGCUAAAAAAACAAUUAAAGAUAAGGAGUCUUAAAAAAUAACCACAAUAUUAUUUUCACAUCCAAAAACUGUUGGCAGUAAUGCCUUAAUGUCAUCAGAUAUCCAGAGACUGUUCUGGUUUCCCCAAUUGUCACAUAAGUUCAUUGAACUGUCUGUUUGAGUCAGGGUCCAGGUAAGGUUCAUGGAUUAUGACUGGUUAAUAUGGCUCUAGGUUUCUGUUUAAUGGCUUUAGGUCUCUCUUUCCUGCCCCCCCUUCAUCUCUCCCCAAUAUGGGUGUAUUUACUCUGUACAUAUAUGAGGUAUGUCUUUGCCUCAAGCAAAUAAUAAUUUAUGCAAGUAAAUGGAGGAUAAUUUUAUUAUUUUAUAACCUGUUUGCAGACGUGGUAUGGGGUAAGUAAAAACUUUAUGGGUUGAGUAAUUUCUUCUAUUUUUAUGCCUGGUACAUAUACUGUAAUAAUAAAAGCACGGAGAGUGCCUUCGAAGAUGAGAACUAUGUAGUUACUGCUACAAUCGGAUUCCGGUCUCUCACCGAUUAUUUCUCUCCCUGACUGUACAUCCUAUGUGCUCAAGAAUAAUAAAAAUUUUAGUAAAAACAUUGUCUGUAACUUGCACUGUAUCCGAUGAGUCUGGACAAAAAACAAAAUGCAUUCAUUGUCAUCCUAUUUUGAGGUUUGUCUUUGAGCCUUUCUUAAGUCGGUCCCUCAGAUCCACUUGCUGCCCCUGACAUUUUUUCAUGGUCAUCCUCUCUGAGGUAGACUCAUCUCCGUGUCUCUGUGAACCCUUGUGCAGGCAGCUUCCUGGGAAGCCAGUCCUGUGCCACAGGCUCCAGGGCGUGUCUCUUCGGCGUGGCCGCCGAAACACAAAGUCAGAUCAAAACUUGUGCCAACAGAUAAAACCAUCGUGGGAAGGUUAACAAGGUCUACAUAUUAUGGAUGUUGACAUGCCUUUUUUUCAACCAAUAGUCAAAGUUUCAGUGCAAUAAAAGCUUCCGGUCAGUCCCCCAAAGGAUCUGACCAUAUAAUGAAAAUGGACCUAGUCCUGGCAUGUAUAUACUUAAGUGGAAGUGAUCACAGAUGGUGUAUCAAGUUUGAAUACAUUUAAUGAAAUCGAUCAUGUUUGCAAUUAAAAAUGGGUAUUCAAAUGUUGACUAGAGGAGGAAAUUGCUACUCUCCUUGGAAUGCUACUUAAUUUUGAAUUUCAUUCAUUCAUUUCUCCAACAAAUGUGCCUACUAUGUGCCCAACACUGUAUUGGGUACUGAAGAUGCACUGGAGAACAAAACAGAUGUGGUCUCUGUCCUCAUGGAGCAUCCAUUCCAGAGGAAGAGUCUGAUAAUAAAGUGCAAAUAGGCAAACCAAUACAUAAAUAUAAUAAUUACAGUCUGCAGUCAGUGCUAUGAAGGAAAUCAGCAAGGACUAGGAUGGAGAAAAUGGAGGGAUCACUGUGGACCAGGUGCUACAGGAAGGCUUCUCAGAAGAGGUGCCAUUAAAAUUGAGACGGAAAGGAUGGAUCUAAGCCAACCAUGAGCAAAAACAGAGGGAUGGCAUUCCAGAGAGAGGGCACCACAAGCUCAGAGGACUUGCUGCAGCAGAGAGUCUAUGUAUUUUAUAUGCAUGUGACGUAUGAACUCAGAAAAAACCUAGGAUACAUCUGGCUUGCCCAUGCCCAAGAUGGGCAUCGCCCUACGACAACGCUGCGAAUCUUUCGGCACCUGUUCAUGUACACUCCUCUGUUAGAAAGGUCCCCCUCUCAGGGGGCUGGUACCCACCUUUCCCUGAGGGCCAUCAGUCAUUGUCCUGUGGCUAGAGCCAUACGGAACACGGCUAGGCCAUAGGACACCAUUCAGAGGAGAAGGCAGCCUUUGGGGCCCCCUCUAAAUCCAUCUUGAAACCACACAUCUUGAAGAUGUCAUUAGGACAUGGGAGCCACGUUUUAAAACUAUUUAAUAUAUACUUUAUAGGUCCUGCAGUUUACUUCCAAAGUUGAUUAAAAGAUAUACAGCUUCUCAUAGAAGUCCAGUGGGUUCAGCCUAUGGGGAGUAGGGAGUUCCCACAGAGUCCACCCUAGCUGGGUUCUGGCCCCCCUGCAGAAGGCCAUGUUCUGCCCAUUCUGCCUGUUUUCCUGCCAGUCAAGUGGAGAGGCAUGGCCACAAUAACCAAGAUCUUGCCCGGAAGGAAAGGAGGCUAGCAGGGCUGUGGGUUAAUGAUUGGUGGAUGAGGUCUUAUGAUUUUAUUAUAAACAAGUGGAGGCCAAGGAAUCAAACUGGCAUUUUCCUUUGUUAAUGUUACAAAUGAGUCAGAGACAGGGCAGUGAGCAAGGACUGGAGAGUCAGGGCUACUUAUUAUUUAUACAGCUUAAAGCUGGAUUGCCGAAGGAGGCCCAUUCUUCUUCCUUGGAUUUUAUGUUAUGGGUUAAUAAAAAGGGAAAAGUUUAUUUUUUAAGUUUAUUUUUGAGGGAGACAGACAGAAUGAGAGGGGGGAAAGGCAGAGAGAGAGGGGGACGGAGGACCUGACAAUGUAGGCCUUGAACUCACAAACCUUGAGAUCAUGACCUGAGCUGAAGUCAGAUGCUUAACCGACUGAGCCAGCCAGGCGCCCUGAAAAGGGAAAAGUUUUCUAAAGAUGCUUUAAUCUGUACUUUAUCUCAAACUUUCCUCUUUGUUAUUUCCAUUAGUAUUUGGGCCAGCUUGAGAGGAAGAGCUGAUGCUGGCGUCAGCUGGGCCAGUUUGAGAGGAUCAAGCCUUGCUUGGUGUCAUUUCUGGCUUAGCCGUGGCAGUAGGGGGAGAAGAGGUGAGCUGUGAGACUGACCGCCAACUCAACUCUCUGCUAGCCCUCAGAAGCCCCUCCCCUCUGCUUGCCAUAUCUAGAGGUACCUCCACAGUAGCACUGGAGUUGUGGGGGGGGAGGGGGUGGAGGUACGAGGGUAAAUAUCUCUCCCUGCCCCUCUCUCCCCCUAACACAGGACAGAGUGUUUCCCCCUCCUCUGCGCUCCUGUAGAGCCCUUGGCAUUUCUCUUUCCUAGUAACACAUACACUUUUCAAAAUAGUAUUUUCUAUCUUUCUAUCCCAGUAGACCAGUGGUUCAGUCUAGUCUCAGAACAGCUGUUGUCAAGCUUGAGUGACCAUCAGAAUUCCCUGGAGGGCUUUUUAAAACACAGAUUGCUGAGUCCCACCUGCAGAGUUUCUGAUUCAGCUACCAGGUGAGGCUGAUGCUGCUUGUCUGGGGACCACACUUUGAGAACCACUGUCUACAGCAGUGUUUCUUAACCCUGGAUUUACACUGGCAUCUCUGAGAGCUUCUAAGUGUGCCCCUGGCCCCAGCCUCUGACAUCUGGUUUAAUUGGUCUUGGGUGGGAUCCAGACACAGGAAGCCUUAAAAAGCUUCCCAGGUGAUUCUAAUGUGCAGCCAAUUUGAGAAGAGCUGAUGAAAAGCCCUUCCCAGAUCAAAGGCCUUGAAGUUGGAGCCCCGGCUUUUACUCCCCAUCGUCAGGGUAAGAUUGCUUUUUUUUUUUUUUAAUUAAUUAAUGUUUCAUUGUGGUAAAGUAUAUAUAACAUAAGUUUGCCAUUAGUGACACUUGGUAUAUUCACAGUGUGGUGCAACAUCGUCACUCUUUAGCUCCAGAACAUUUUCGUCACCCCAAAAGGAAACCCCAUCCUCAUCCCCCAUUUCCCAUCCCCACCCCCAACCCCUGGUAACCACUAAUCUACUUUCUGUCUCAGUGGAUUUGCCUGUUCCGUAUGUUUCAUCUAAGCAGAUCGUACAACAUGUGGCUUUUCUGUCUGGCAUCUAUCACAUCAUAGAACUGUUUUCAUGGUGCAUUCAUAUUGUAGCAUAUAUCUGUACUUCCUUUUUAUAGCUGAAUUCUAUCGCUUUGUAUGGAUACACCUUCAUUUAUUCAUUCGUAUUGUUGCUUUUUAUUGUAGUUUAAAUAUCUGACUCUGGUUAAA